GUGGAGACCGCGCCGCACGUUGUACUCACAUUGCAGUUCGCUCCGAGAGAAACUUCUGCUCAGGAAAUAUUACUUCAGACGAUAUGACAACGCUAUGGAGGCUCGCUUUGGUAACAGUCCUACUGUUGAACACCGCAGCAGGUGACAUUGAUUACGAAGACAUCGUGGAACGCUUCAAAAGACAGCCAGAGCCAUCAGAAAUCUGCGAUUUUGGAAUGGACAACGAUUUGUUGUUCUGUGACUGGGCAAACCGCAACGGCAGUGCCACCCAGUGGUUCACAGGAGCAGGAACGCUUUCCAACUGGCUCGGUGGGCCGCCAACAGACGCCAGCACAGCUAGUGAAAAAGGUGGAUAUGUUUUCUUCGAGACGUCGGCCCUUGGACUUAUGGCUGACAUGAGAGGACAAAGCGCUUUUCUCGAGAGUCCUAUAAUGGGAUCUACUGGCGCUGACGGAAAGUGUGUCUCGUUUAGCUUCAUCAUCGACGGUCUGAGCGCAGCCGGGCUGCGAGUGCUCUUGCAUCCGGUCAGCGAGGAUGGCAGCCCAGAUGGCUUCGACCGUAUUCUGUGGAGUACCAAAGAUCCCACUGGCAACAACACGUGGCAGGAGGCAGAAGUCCUCUUCACGUACAGCAAGGAGCAGCGGGUUGUAUUCGAGGCGCUAGCAAGGGAGCCGACAGACACGUACCGCCAUUUCCGGGGCUACGUCGCUCUCGACAACGUCGCUCUGAAGCCAGGCACGGAAUGCAGAGGGCACUGCUCAUUCGAAGCAGGGUUCUGUGGCUGGACAAACGAUGAAGAAGAUGACUUUGACUGGACGCUGGGACGUGGGAGCCAUAACCCCGCCACUGGCCCAGCAUCGGACAGAACGAGCUUCGUUCACGGCGGCCUGGAGGGAGGCUACACCUUCAUCGAUUCUUCGUACCCGCGCAGACCUGGAGACGUAGCACGACUCACCAGCAUGGAAUUGCAGGAGACAGGGCCUGACUCUCCAAAAUGCCUUCGAUUUUGGACACACAUGUACGGGAAUGGUAUCGGAACGCUAAGUGUGAUUCUCAGCGACGCACGUGAGGGCCAAGAGAAACUGUUGUGGAGCCUGUCAGGUGAGGCGGGCAAUGCCUGGUAUCAGGCGGAAGUUCCCAUUUCGUCACUCAAUCCUUACAAGAUAAUAUUUGCUGGUAAAGUUGGUCGCAACAGCCUGGGCGACAUCGCUCUGGAUGACGUCUCGCUUACACCUGGCAGCUGUCCAACGACUCCACAAAUUGCUGCUGCUAUUCCCGGAGACUGUACUUUCGAAAUUGACGAGUGUGGCUGGAGCAACACAGGGGCUCGAGAUAACACGGACGAUAUCGACUGGGAGCGUGUGUCCGGACAAGCGACGCGAACCAACACGCAGGACCACACGCUUGGAACAGAAAAAGGCUUCUUGAUGACACUUGCAAGAAACAAUGUUUUGCGCCCCGGCAGUAGGGCGUGGUUUCUGUCGCCCGAGUAUAAGGGAAGUGAAAACGCACAGUGUCUUUCCUUUUGGUAUGUUUUGAACGAGCCUUUUAUAGAUAACACUGGUCCAAGCUUGGGAGCAUUAACUGUUUAUACGAGAAGCAUGGACAAGUCUGGCACUACUACACUUCCAAUAUGGCGUCUAUAUAACCACCAAGGGCCAGAAUGGCAUUAUGCACAAGCUCGUAUUCUGCAACCUAACAACUACAAUAUUAUUAUAGAAGGUACUUGGGGAUCAAGUAGAGCAAAUGGUUUUAUAGGCUUUGAUGACAUCACAUUAUUUGAUGGUGCUUGUUCAACAACUCCAGUACGUGCUACAGUUAGGAAAGGAGAAUGCAGAUUUGACAGAGAUACAUGUGAUUGGAUGAAUGACACAACUGAACGUGGUACUACAACUUGGCGACUAGCUACUGUAGCUCGGCGACCAGCCAAUUUACCAGACAAAACGUUUGGCGCACCAGGUGGAUAUGUUUAUUUUGAUUUAUUCAACCAAAAUGCUGCUGCAAGUACAGUACGUCUAAUAUCUCCAGUGAUUGAGGCAACUGAUGAUCGGCAGCUGUGUUUCAGCUUUUGGUUUGCUGCAUUUGGCCAGGGUGAUAUGGCAGAACUAAGAGUGGUCAGACAGGAUAACAAUACUUCUGGAGAUUAUCCUCCUGAGAAGUUGUGGACACUAUCAGCAGGAGCAUUGGACACUACUAGAGCUGUAUGGACACCAGCACAGGUCACUGUGGAGGCUGCAUCAGAUUUUCGAAUUGUGCUGGAAGGGCAAGCAACAAAUGGCGGCUUUGCUGUAGAUGAGCUUACAUUUUCAGAUGGCUCGUGCAGCACACGACCUGACAUUGCAGAUACAAAGCUCCAAGAGAAUGAAAAUCUGUAAUCUGCUUUAGCCGGUCCAGUUUUAUGCACCUGCAUAAAAAUUAACUUUAAGACAACAACAGAUGGUUCUUUGAGAAGAAUAUAAGACAUGUUCCAGAAAACACAUUGACAGUACUUCACAGAGGAUCCAGGAAUUACAACCAAGACUCUGCAAAUCAAAGCAGAUGCCAUCUGUAAAGAAGGUUGCUGUGAAAGAUGGUGAAUAAAAUUAGUGUGCAGACAACAUCAUAUUUGUAACUCACUGAUGUUCUAUUAAACUAAUUUUAAUUGCAGAAUGUGGUGAUACCAAUACAGGAAGAUCCAUUCUUUGUGGGACCUUCAAAAUAAAGAGAAAUCAGUCGAGUUUGUCUAUAUUAGAGCAAUACUUUUCAUAUUCAGAUAUUUACAGCUAUAAGACGUAUUCAAAAUUUACUUCCCAAAACUUGUCUGCACAAGAUCAUUUUCCAUGAUCCUUCAUUCUAAUUGUGGUGUUUUUAUUAUAUUUCUCUACUUCAUUUCCUCAAACAUAUUCCCAAAAGACUAUGAAUGUAAAGAUGAACACUAAUUUACCUGUGAAAUUCAUACACUUAUUUUAAAUUUCAUAACUUGGAACAUGUUUCGUUUACUCAUAUCAUUCUCAUAUAAACUUUGAACUAAGAGACUGACUUCCAUGACAAGAAGUACCUAUAAAAUUUAUGUAAAAAAGUGUUUUCAGCUUCUAACUGUAUAUGUAUGAUAAUAAACAAUCACAAAUAAGUACAGUACCCCACAUAAUACUAUGGUGCAUAGUAUCUUACACAAUAUCACAUACAGAAUUGCACAUACAACUUUGAUUAAUUACAUAAAGAAAUGAAAAAUAUUUUUACAUGGAAUACUUAGUUGACAUUCACAUACAAACACAUAGUAGUUGUAACAUUUCUGUUCAAAAUUUUCAUUCAGAUUAUAGCAAACACUUGGUUGAAAAUACAACUGAUUUUGACUAUGACAUAUAGUACAUAAUCUAAUUAUUUGCUAAUAGGUUUUCACAAGUACUUGUUUGCAUUAUAAUAGCACUUGCUCAUUAAAAAUUUGAACACUGCUUCCUUAAAUGAAGACUUUUUUUUUAUUUAUUUCAUCUGUGCCAGAAGUUUGUUAU